UCGUUCGUACUUCACGCGUUUGUUUCAUCGUGCUUGUUGCAAAGAGAGAAUUAAUAUAUUUCUUUAACUUGCUUAAAUUAAUAUAAUUUCAUUAUUAUAUUUAUUCAUUUGUUAAUCAGUUAUUAAGAUCGUUAACUAAUUAAAAACUUGUAUCAAAAGUUUUAGUUUUAAAAGAAAAGCAAGUAGUUGAAUAUUUGUAAGAAGAAUGGCAGAAAGUAAAAUUGCUAAAAAAAUGUGUUCUUUAAAAGUGCUCAUUGUAAUGUGUUAGAGUGGGGCAAGACUAUACAUAUAAUUAGUGCGAAUGUGCAGACAAAUAAAAAAUAAAAGUAAGGAGACAGCUAGGGACCACGGUUGACUUUUCAAUUUUUCUUAAUUGUGUAUUUCACUUUAUAUUUUAUCAAAAAAUUAAUUUAAAAAAAGACAUUUAUUAAAGCCUGAUCAGUGCAUUGAUAUUUAAACCAAACCCUUGCCGCAAAACUAAUAUAAUUGGUUAUAAUCUUAAGAAGCGGGUUCUGUACAUUUACGUGAAUGUGUGCGUGUAUGCUUUGGAAUCGUGGCUUGCAAAAAUAUUGCUAGCAAAAUUUGUCCCCCACUACAGCUAUAGUCAGACAUGUCGGACUACGGAUCAAGGAUAAAUAACUCAACGUGUGCUGGCGACUCUCAAAGCCAGAUAAAUGCAAGUAGUGAAAAUUUAGAUGAUAGUACUAGUGAACCAGGCAACAACAACUCGAUAAUUGGAAAAGUAAAAUCGCGAGUGUCCAGCAUUUUACCUACAAGUUUGUCAAAAUGGUUUUCAGCAUCAAACAAAAAUGAUGACAGCUUAAAUGGGAGCAUUAGCUGUAAUAAUAAUACCAGACGUCGACGUCGUAUAGAAAUCGAGAGCGAUGAUGAAAUCGAACUUGAUAUUAAUGGGGAAGAGGAGGAUGCUGUUACUCGGCACAGAAUUUACAAUGAAAACGCAUCGAAUACCCAAAGAAAUGAGAACUUUAAUGAUGAGAGUAAUCACAGCGAUGAAGACUCAUUUACGUAUGCGAAUUCUAAUAGUAGACGAAGGCAUAUCAAGUCGUCACCAGCAGUGCGUCAACCUCCAAAUAAACGUUCAAAACAUACUUUGGAAUUGAACAACACGGAAGAUCCUACCUUUAUUAGUUGUCAGCGUUUAAUAUCAUCCACUCCUGCUAUUGGUGUGAAUUUGAGAAAUGAUACAACUUCACCAACUCAUUCAAAAUUAGUAGAUAAUCAAAAUGUCCAUAAUAAUCCAUAUGACGCCAAAAAUAAAUAUCAGGAUCAGGAUCUUUAUCUAUCUCCUUCUACAAGUAGACAACAGCGUUAUCAUUCAAACAUAAUUGGCUACGAAUAUGAAGUUCCAUUACAAAACAGCUCUGGUAAUGUGAACACUUACGAUAUGAAAUCUCGUCGGAGUCUUAACAUAUCGUCACAAAACACACCUGACCGAAUUGCUGGACUAUCAAAUUAUAAACGUCAAAGUUUAUCCAACUACAAAAGUGAAUUGCCAUGUACAAGUUCAGCGAUUAUAAGUGAUAGUAAUCAGAACGCAUUUCCAAGGCGUACAUCUACAACAAUAAUUGAAAGUGCACCAGAACCUGACAUUGAAGAAGAAACUGAAGAAGAUACAUGUGAAAAUGAUAUUAUAAAUCACAACAAUAAUGUGUCAUUAACCAAUAAUAAAAGACAAAAUUUAACUAACGGCGAGGCCGGAUUUUAUGAGCCAAGUACAAGUGCUGCUCGUAGGAGUUCUAGAUCAGAAAGUAGUGAAAUUGAUGGUAGAGGUAUUAUAAGAGAUCAAAGUGAUGGUAAUGCAAGGCAACAUAAAACUGGUCUAUAUAAUAUGUCAGCUGGUAAUAGUCGCAGCGGUAGUCGCACUUCAUCGUUCGGAAAUGGCUUGAACUUUUAUUCUCAUCUUGAUGGUCGAAAAUCGCUUUUUGCAGGAGCGCAUGGAAAUCCAGGGAGUUCAAUAAAUAAUUCAACAUUAUCAUUGAAUUCACUAAGUCGUAGACAAUUUAAUGCUUCUAUAUAUGGUAGUACGUCUGCUUUAAGUGAUAGUCGCUUGCUUAAUACAUUUUCGCCAUUUUAUAAGGGAAGAACCACAUACGGUGGAGCUUCAGCAUACAAUAAACAUAAAUUAGGUGUUGGCACUGGUGCUGGCGCCAGUUCGGUUCGCAUAACACCUACUUUAAUACGCCCAACUUCAAGCUUAUCAACGUUAUCUUCUUCAAGUAAUUCUCUUGCCAAUCCUGCAGAGAAUUCAACUAUAUCAUCUACUGCAAAACGAAUUUUAGAUCUAAUAGAGGAGUUUUCUACGCCAAUCAGCGAGGUUAAUAAAAUGGGUAAUAAUUUAAGAGCAAAUCAGCAUCAUCUUCUUGCAGCAAAAACGAAUCGUUUAAAUGACGCAGACAUAAAUGCCUCAAGAGCGUUAAGAUUAUCUAAGGUACAAACCCCUUAUAUGCGUCCUAAAGUAAUUCUGGAGCCUAAUACCAAUACUACCGGAUUACCACCAGUUCGCGAAUUACAAGUACCUUGUAUGUCUCAAUUACUGCAAAUGCAAAAAAUGCAAAACUCGGUUGAACGUUCCCGACAAAUUGCAAAUCAAAACGCGGCCCAACUUUCAAAUCAAUCACAGCAGGCAAACACAAAUACAAGCACAGCGACAUAUACUUUGCCAACUGAAACAAUCGAUUCUGCUGAUCGAAAGCAACAAACACAUUCAAACAAAAUGAAGAAUAAAACAAAUUUCGCUCGUGUCACAGCCUCUAAAGAAGCGUUUAAACAUGAUGAAGCACCACCACCUCCUGUAAAUUUACAAAACAUUGCAUUUCCCUUGAUGCAAUCUGUUCCGAAAAUUGAUAUACAAUUAAAUAUUAAACCAUCUUUGCCUCAAAUAAGUCAAACAAAAACUGAUUUUAAAUCAGAUAAAAAGAAUGCAACCUCUGUUGAAAAUAUUCGUUCUUCACCAAUUAAAGAAAAAGGUGGCGCUGAGAAGGUAAUGCCUGUCAGUACUACGAUUUCAUUACCAUCUCCGGUGAGUCGAAGUGUUACAAACAUGCACUCUACUUCAAUGGAAUUUGAAUUCUCGGAGCCAUUAUCACUAAAACAGGUUUGCACACCAAGUCAAAAUAUAACUGCUAUAGAUGAAAAUUUCAAAUUCAGCCCUCCAGCUUUGCUGCAAUUACAGCAAUUACAGCAAUUACAAGAAAAACCGAAUGUCACUGUGUUGUCUCGGCCACCUAUUGAAAGUCAAAAUAUACCACAGUUGAAAACAGGAUCCGUUUUAGACGCUCUCAAAAAGGAUCCUUUUAAAGUACCUAAAUCUACCACUAGUGAAGCAGCGAAAUAUGAUCUUAACUUCAAUACCAAAUUUGCCAAAUCUAGUAAUGAGUGGGACUGCACUACUUGCUUUGUACGUAAUAAAAUGGAAAAUAGUAGAUGUGUGGCUUGUGAAAUGCCAUAUAAAACCACACAACCUAAAGUUCAAACUGAAAAUGAGAUUAUUCCAGCAUUUGCGUCUGCGUCAGCGUCAGCGACAGCGUCCUUUGGAAAUCAGUUCACAAAAUCUUCAGAUGAAUGGGAGUGUGAUACUUGUAUGGUACGUAAUAAGACACAAAAGAAGAAGUGCAUUGCUUGCGAAACACCUAGAAAAGACACUGCUUCAGUGACUUUCGGAGAUACAUCGUUGAUUUCAAAAUCACAUCAAUUUGGUGAUGCUUUUAAACCAGCAAGUAGUUCGUGGGAAUGCGAAACUUGCCUGAUAAUCAAUAAAAAUGAAUCUAACGAAUGUAUUGCUUGUCAAACACAAAAACCUGGAUCUGGAGCUAAGAACGCAGUUGCUCAACCCGUAACUUCAGCAUUUAAAUUCGGAUUUUCUAAUAACACAUCGUUAUCGAAGGAAGCAUCGAAGACAGGAAGCACAUCAAGUAUCGCUCCUGAUGCAGGUUUUAAGUUGAUUGUAGAACAGCAGAAAGCUUCAAAGUGGGAAUGUGAUGCUUGCAUGACGCAAAAUGAUACAUCACGUUCUAAAUGUAUAUGCUGUGAACAAGUAAAACCUGGCUCCGAGCCUCAAAUAGAAAAUGUUCCAAAGUUUUCAUUUGGUGCCUCUCCCAAUGCAUCGAAGUUUAACUUUGGAUUUGGUGCGACAACAAGUGUUUCUACAACAAAUACAACAAAUAAUUUGCUGCAAAGUGAGGGCAUAGAAUCAAAGUCCACGACAGUUAGCACUGCUGUCGCAUCUGCUUCAACUGCACAGAAGACUGAUGCGGAGCCAAAAGGUUUCACGCUUGGAAAUACAAACAUCAGCACAAAUAAUUCGUUUAGUUUUGGUUUUAAGCCAGUUACCGCUGAAGUGAAUAAAGAUAAAACUGAUAGCAAAGAGAAAACUCUCGAUAAUAAAGUUGAAGUUGAGAGUUUUAAAUUUGGAGCCCCUACCGCAAAUACUAGCUCUGGUUUCACGUUUGGUACUUUCUCAACACAAAAGAAUAGUGCAGAACCAGCAGCAAAUGCUGUUACAAACUCUGCAAUUGUUAAUGUGCCAAGUACAACAAGCAUAGAUAAUGUCAGUAGUACAUCAAAUAAAAUAUUUGCUUCAGUACCAUCAUUUACAUUAACCAGUGUAACGAGUACAAGCACCACUAAAUCAAGCGAAGGAUUUUCGUUUGGUACUACGAACACAACAGGGGAUUCAAACGGGAAUAAGACUGCACUCUCCGGUGUUGAGUCGUCUAUUAAAAGUUUCUCACCUAGUAGCACAAAUAAUAUUAAAUUUGGUGUGCCACCUACAAACACUUCCAAUUCGACUGGUAAUUCUACUGAUGCAGUGUCACAAGGAUCAGUGAAACCUUUAAUUAAUUUCUCGGUGCCAAAUACAACGGAUACGGUGAAUACAGCAGCAGAUGCAGCUAAGUCAAGCAAUGUUGGUGGUUUUGCUUUUGGAUCACCUUUAUCUACACCCGCUAGCAGUAAUUUAGCAAGUGACUCUUUUAAAUCAAAUAGUGCCGGUGGUUUUUCAUUUGGAGCAAAGCCGGAUGUACCACCUACAACGAAAUUACAAUUUGGUGCUGAUGCCAAAAGUGCAAUUGGUACCAGCGGCAUAAAUGCAACAAAGUCUCUUGGUAAUCUGUUUGGCUCACCAAGUAGUGCUGCUACUCAACCAAAAACACUGUUUGGUGAUGUUCAGACCACAACUUCAAGUCUUGUUUCAUCUACUACAACCACACCAUCCACACUCAGCAGUACAAAAGUGUUUGGCUCAUUUGGAAGUUCGAAUGAUGCGAAUAAGUCAACUAAUUUGCCAUUAUUUGGAAAUGAUGCGAAGAGCACACCGGAAACAAAGUCAUUUAUUUUUGGUUCAUCUUCAUCUGACCUUACAGGAAAUAAUGCAGCCUCAAGUGCAGUAACAAGCACACAAUCAGCAUGGCCUAAAAAUACGUUCUCUUUUGGUUUAACAGAUGCUGCAAAUGCUAAUACAAAACCCGAUCAGUCGGCAAAUGUUAGUGCACAACCACCACCAGCUUUUGGAGGAUUUGGUAUGGCACAAACUGAAACUUCAAAUAAAAGUAAUUCGAUUUUUGGUAAUACAAGUGGCACUUCCGUGACGAACCAAACGGCUGUUGCAAUUGCUCUAGGAAGCUCCGCAUCUACAAUGAAGAACAUAUUUGGAAAUAACCCUUCAUCAACAACAGCAAGUAAUUCCAUAUCAACAAAUAUUUUUAGUUCAAAUAUCAACAAACCUAACGAAACUGCAACAGCUCCUCCUGCUUUUGGAAAUACGCUAUUUGGCAGUAUUGCUGCUCCGCAAAAGUCGACUUUUGGCAGUGCAAUAACAACACAGAAUACAUUUGGUAGUGGUGGCGCAAACCAGAAUGCAUUCGGUGCUCCUUCAGCUACUAAUACACAAAGCUCAUUUGGUAGUUUUGGAAAUAUGCCCACAAAUGUAAACCAAACGGAUGGUGCUUCGGCAGCCAAAAAAUCAGAACCUGCUUUUUCAUUUGGAACUUCAACAGCAACAGCAACACAAAGCGCAAGUGGAGGAUUCAAUUUUGGAGCUAAUGCAGCAGCUGCGAAACCAGCUUUUAAUUUCAACGCAUCGAGCCAGCCAACUUUUAAUUUCACUGGUGCUGCAGAUGCAGUUCCAAAUGCGCCAUUCCAGUUCGGUGCCGGUGCGGGUACCGGUGCCGCUGCAACGUCAUCCAAUAAUAUAUUUGCGCCAACACCCACAGCUGGUGCACCAUUAAAUACACAAGUGCGACGUAAAAUUCGCACUCCCGCACGUCGCGUACCUCCACGGUAGAAUUAUUGAGAAUUACUAAUGCUCCGUUAGGUGCUGACACUAAACUGACAAGACAAAUGCGCUUUUAACUAAAAAGCGAACAGAACAAUAACAAUAACAACAAACCGCAAGACGACACUAAGGACGAUUUGAAACUUGAAACUUGAAACUAAUAAUAAGCAGUUUGGAGUUGCAGUUACAGUUACAGGAUAAUUAUCGAGAACACAGCGGCCCAAGAUGAAAGACAGACGAUCACGACAUGUACAUACUACUACAUACGUAUGGUGAAAACAUAAGGAAAUGUAUUUAUAACUAAGAGCAACACAAAUGUAUUAUAUAUUAUACCCAUUAUACCCAAGUAAUAAGUGUUUAUAUGUCAAGCGAACAAAUGCUGAAAAAUCACAAUUCAAAAUAUCUUCCAAUGUUAUGCCUAAUAGUACUACCUCAAUAGAAAGAAUUGUGUAUUUCUAAAAGAAAAGAAAGUUUCUUAAAAUCUCGAGUCAUCAAAAUCCAAAAAAUUCAUUAGAAAGUCAAACUUCUAAUAUUAUUCAUAGCAUAGCUAAUUGUAGGGAUAUAAAAAUAUAAAUAAAUUGUUUUUUUCUGCUUUAUGAAGCAACAAACAAAUGUUCGACGAUAUUAUUCGUCAUUGUUAAUUAAGUAUGAACGUUAAAGUAUCUCCUCUGGAUAUUCUCUAACACAACACUUUUUAUGACUCAAUUAUAAAAAUUUGGUAUGUAUUUAUUCAAUUUAUUAUAUAAAUAAAUUAUCAACUGCUUUAAAUCGA